AUGUCCGGAAUCAAGAAGAAGUUUGUAAACGACCCAAAGAACGUUGUCAAUGAUUCUUUGUUGGGUUUGGUACAGUCUGACGAUCGAAUUCAGUUUCAUCCGGUGAGAAAAGGAAGUUUUUUGUUUAUAUUUUUCUUGGUUUAGCAAAAUCCUCGUGUCAUCUUGCGCAAAGAUUAUGAAGACUUGAAGAAUGGUGAAAAAGUUACAUUGGGAUGUGGUGGAGGUAGUGGUCAUGAACCUUUUGCUGGAGGUGAGUUUUUUUUCAUUGGGGUUUAGUUGGUUUACUUCUUCAGAUCAAGUUUAAUAUCAUAUUCUUGCUGAAAUUGAAUUUUUGAAGAAAAUAAUGGGUUCAAUGAUAAACAAUAGCAAUAAUAAGGCAAUAAAUCACCUUUUACAGGUCUGGUUGGCAAGAAUUCGUUAACCGCUGCCAUUGCUGGUGAUGUUUUUGCAUCUCCACCUUCAUCUCAUGUCAGUGAUGCGUUGGAAGCGAUUCAAGGUAAAGCCGGCUCUUUGAUCUAUGUUAUCAACUACACUGGAGACCGUCUUCACUUUGGUAUGGCUAUUGAGAGAUCAAAGGCCAGGCUGGGACCUGAUUCAAAGGCUGAUCUUGUAUAUAUUGAUGAUGAUGUUGCCUUGGAGAACAAAUUGGGCGUUACAGUGGGUGGACGUGGUUUGGCUGGAGCUUUGUUGGUUCUACAGAUUGCUGGAGCGUUGGCUGAAGAUAAGAAGGCCAGCUUUGAGGAGGUUAGAGAUGUCAGCAGAGAUGUUAUUUCAAAUAUGGGUGAGAUUUAGCACAAUUUGAUGGUGUGGAAAAUAUAAAUAAUAUUUUUUGGUGUUUUAUGGUUUAUUAUAUAAAAGAUAUUGUUAUCAUUUAUAGAAUUUAUAGUCAAUUAUCUUGCGAAAAUUUUAUGAACAAAAUAUGUCAAAUAUUCUUUCAGGCACUUUUGGAGUAUCACUUUAUCCAUGCGCACUCCCAGGCAAAGGCUUGAUGUUCGACCUUCCAGAAGGCCAGAUGGAGCUUGGCCUAGGAAUUCAUGGGGAGCCAGGGGUAGAAAGAACGAAACAAGUUAGUGCCAAGGAGAUCGUGGCUACAGUUUUGGAAAAACUCACGGCUUCGAAGAGGCUGCAGCUCAAGAAGUCGGACAAGCUGGCUGUUUUGGUGAACAACUUGGGAGGAGUUAGUAAUCUGGAGUUUGGAUUGGUGCAAGGAGAAGUUGCUUCUUGGUUUGGUGGGUUAUUUUGGAUCUGGGGUUGCGAUUUGAUAUGAUAUUAAAGAUUGAAACUUUUAUUUUUGACAAAAUAUUGAUUUUUUUGAUAUUACACUAGGUUUUUUGAUAUAAAGCUGAAUUUAAUGCCUCAUAACUUUUAUUAACAAGUUUGCUUCAGUCCAAAACGGCUACACACUAUCCAGAUUCUUUGCCGGAACUCUCAUGACUUCAGUCGACGGCCAUGGUUUCAGUGUGACCGUGCUGAAGCUUAAGAACGAUGAUUGGGCAUCACUUUUGGACGUUCCAUCCCACAUUUCAUCGCUGUGGAAGGCGACUCGUCCUCAAACAGAAGUUGUAAAAUCACCACAACAUAGUCAAUUCGAUGACAACACUAAGGUAGAAAUUGUGGGCGUCAAGGUUGAACAAGGUAAGGGAUAUUGGUUAAAUUUUAGGAUGUAGGUAUAGGUAUGGGAGGGUAAUAUCGGUUUUAAUGUAAAAUAAAUGUAAAUUAUGACUGUGAGAUUAAAAGAUGGUUAUCAAAGUUUAUUCUAAGUACUUUUUGACCGAAAUUGCUUGAAAAAGUUAUGGAAAAUUAGGGUAUAUUAAGGUUGAUAUAGGUAUUAGUAGUGUAAUAUAAAAAUUGAUAAGCAUUGGAAAAGAGAUAAUAAUUUGUUGCUUUAGAUACUGCUAGUACAAUUGAAAAGGCUUUGAGGAAAGCAUGUGAAGAAUUGAUCAAAAAUGAAGAUCUACUCAACGAGCUGGAUUCAAGUUGUGGUGAUGGUGACUGUGGUAACGCCUUGAAGUCUGCUUCUAAAGGUAAGUUGGAUAAUGGUAAAAGGGGAUGAAAAUUGAUUUUUGGGGGUGUUGUAAAGCCUAAAAACAAAAAAAAUUUUUUUUGAAAAAAAAAUUUAAUUUUGAAAUUUUAAAUUUCAGCCAUUCUGGAAGCCGCCGACCAAAAAAGGCUAGCAUUCCAAAACCCCAAGUCCUUGUGUCUUCAGCUUUCGAAAUUAUGCGAACAUUCCGUUGGUGGUACCUCUGGUGCACUGUACGCCCUAUUCUUCGGAGCCGGCUCCCGAGCCUUCGAAGACAAUUUCAAUUCGAACACAUUGAGGAAGGCGAUCCAAGAAGGUCUUCAAGCCAUCUCCUAUUAUGGUCAUGCCAAGCCUGGUCAUAGAACAUUGGUGGAUCCUCUACAUGCCGCUUCCGAAGCGGCCGAAAGCACUUCUUGGCCGGAGUUGAUCAAGGUAGGAUUUUUGAAUUUGAAGGCGGUUUUUUUAAUUAAAAAAAUUUUUCAAUUUACAAAUGAAAAAAAAAAUUAUUUUGAAAGGGCAGGGUGGAAAUAAAAAAAGGGGGGGGUGAAAAAAAGCCCCCAAAUAUUUUUUUAAAAUACCCCCCCCCCCCCCCCCCCCCCACAUUAUGAAAUGAAAUCUAAGGAGGAAAGUUUUAGUCCGUAGAGAAAGCGUCCGAAGAAACGGCUAGCAUGGAAGCCAAAUCCGGCCGCGCCUCAUACACAAACAAAGAUCAGCAAAAGCAGCCCGAUCCAGGCGCUAAAGCGGUUGCUCUCUGGUUCCGCGCCGCCUUCGAAGCCACUCAAUAG